AUAUCUACUUUUAUGAUAAUACAACGCAAUCGGGUAAACUUGUCCCUAUCCCAAUACGUAAUACAGCUGUAAUUGAUAAGAAUGCAAAUUUUCCAAAUCAAAUUACAACAACCGAUCAGAAUAGUUUAAAUGAAGCAUUGGCACUGGGGAAUACAGCGUCAGCUGUGUCGAUUGAAGCUGCAAUACAAGAUAAAUGGGAGUUGACACGUCGUUUGUUUAUGGUGGAUAAUUUCGCUGGUGUGACAUCUUCAUCAGCGACAC